UCGGUCAGUCAUGAUGGCGCUGAGAGCGGUCGCAUGGAUCACGCUGCUGCCACGGCUGCUGGCUGAGGAGUGCAGCGCCGAGAGCUGCGCGCCACGCAACACGGGGUCGACCUUCCUGCAGUUCACCUCCCGCGUUCGACACAGCGAGAACUCCGAAAAACAGGUCUCCUGCGCACCGUUCUCUGAGUGGCCGGACGUAGAUGGUGUGACCUGUGGUGGCUGUCGUGCACUGGUGAAGACCAGCAGUUUCAAGCGAUGCAAAGACUACUGCGAAAGCUUCGGCCAUUCCUGCGUGGCAGCGGCAGAGGAGGAGGACGAGAACUGCGCCGUGAAGGAAGACUACGACUGUGACGAGGAGAUCGACGACACCAGCGAUAUGCUGUGCACCUGCUCCAAGACUCCAGCGGCUCCGUGCUACUCGUCACUGGAUGGAGUGGUCACUGAUGAGGGCCAGUCAGUGGGCAUGGCCAGAACAAGCUCAAUGGAUGAGUGCGAAAAAGCCUGCAAUGACAAGGAGAGCUGUGAGAGUUUUACCCUGUGUCCUGAGUGGCAGAAGUGCUUUCUGAAAGCCAAGUCGCUGGACGGCAGCGAAGCAGUGGAGCAGAAAAGCGAUUGCAAGUCAGUCUUCAAGACCACCUGCGGCUCUACAGGUGGCGGCGGUGGCUCUUCUGGCGGCGGCUCUUCCGGCGGUUCUUCCGGGGGUUCGGGUGAGCUCAAGGUGAAGGUGGUGUCAUACAACCUCUACUGGUGGAAUGCCUUUGACCAGAACUCAUGGAAGAGUGAUGGCAUCAUCAGCAACAUCAAGGAGAACUUAAGGCCAGACACCAUUGGCUUUCAAGAAUGUGACUCUCCGAGUCAAAUCUCCAGAAGAACCGGUUUCUUGUCCGAGGCCUCCCAAUUCAAGGGGGCUCAGGGUGUCAUGAUUCGCGAGGGCCGAUUCCGUGCCAGCAACAAGGGCUCACGGGACCUGGAAGCUACGGGGAAGUGGGGGCCGAGAUAUGUGACCUGGGUGAAACUCACAGAUGAGUCCGGCAAAUCCUUCUGGCAUUUCAACACCCAUUGGUGCGUCCACAGUGAGGGCAAGCGGGUCUGCAACGAAGACGUGCGCUAUCGUGGAGCCAGGAACAUGGUGCGCGCCAUUCGGGAUGUCGCCGGUGACAGUCCCGUGCUGAUCACGGGGGAUUUCAACGCUCGGAUGAAUGAGAAGGGGCCUCAACACUUCCUGGACUCCGGCUUCAAGUUGGCCGUCAAUGACUGGGUCGAUUGCAUUUUCUACUCCAAUCACUGGACGCUGCUGCGAGAAGGAAAAGGAAGUUCUUCCGGCAGUGACCACAAACCGGUCUAUGCUGAAUUGGCUUUAAACUGAUGCUGUGACACUGGCGCGCCCGCGCCACGCACUGACUGGAACUCCGGAACUCUGAAGGUCAUGAUGGUGACACC